AUGGACUGAGCUGGGCGGAUGACAUCAUGGGCUAGGGAACAGCGAACAGCCAGUGAAGCAUCCAGCCUGCCGAACAAGCCUGAGUUUGGGGUCAGGAACCGGUCUGACAAGAGAAUGGCAGUCCUGCCCGUAAACUGUCAGUAGGACGGUACAUUUGAGGAUGAACCUACCAACCUACAGGAUCCAAAGGCUACAAACCGAGCAAGAGAAUGUCAAGACGUGUUUCAGGAUAUUGUGAGUGUUACUAAAGAUGUCCGAUAGUGUCGAUAUUGAAGAGAAACCACCAGCCCCUCCCUUGAGAAUGAACAGUAGUUCCCGAGACUCUUCAUCAGUAAACCACGGCUCCAGACCUCUCCCAAUGGCUCCCGAAGAGAAGAACAAGAAGGUCCGCCUGCGCUCCAUCUUCCCUGGGGGAGACAGAACAAACAAGAAGAAGGAAAAGGAGCGUCCUGAGAUCUCCCUGCCUUCAGACUUUGAACACACCAUACAUGUCGGCUUUGACGCUGUUACAGGGGAGUUCACUGGUAUCCCAGAGCAGUGGGCGCGUCUCCUCCAGACCUCUAACAUCACCAAGCUGGAGCAAAAGAAGAACCCGCAGGCUGUGCUAGACGUGCUUAAGUUCUACGACUCCAAAGAGACAGUCAACAACCAGAAGUACAUGAGCUUCACCUCCGGAGACAAAUCAGCACAUGGCCACAUAGCAGCCAACACUCUGAACCGACUGCUGUCGUCUGGGCCUCCUGUCAGCCUUAGAACCUGCAGCGCAUUAUUUGACAAGGGUGCCAAGACAUCCACGGACCCCCCUAUAGCGCCCCCUGUGUCGGAGGAGGAGGAUGAGGAGGAGGAGGAAGAGGAGGAGGAGGAAGAUGACGAUGACGAGCUACCACCUGUCAUUGCACCUCGACCUGAGCACACUAAAUCUAUCUACACCCGCUCUGUCAUUGAGCCUGUGGCGCCUCCUGCCCCUGUGAAGGAGGUCACCACCCCUCCGGAGUCCCAGGUCCAGCCGGAGAACACGUCCAGCACUCUGUACCGCCACACUGACCGGCAGAGGAAGAAGUCCAAGAUGACAGACGAGGAGAUUCUGGAGCGGCUCAGGAGCAUUGUGAGUGUGGGAGACCCUAAGAAGAAGUACACACGCUUCGAGAAAAUAGGACAAGGGGCAUCUGGCACUGUUUACACAGCCAUAGACAUCGCGACUGGCCAGGAGGUGGCCAUCAAGCAGAUGAACCUCCAGCAGCAGCCUAAGAAAGAGCUGAUCAUCAAUGAGAUCCUGGUGAUGAGGGAAAACAAAAACCCCAACAUAGUCAACUACCUAGACAGUUACCUGGUGGGAGAUGAGCUGUGGGUAGUCAUGGAGUACCUGGCUGGAGGCUCGCUGACUGAUGUGGUGACUGAGACCUGCAUGGACGAGGGACAGAUCGCUGCUGUCUGCAGAGAGUGUCUUCAGGCUCUGGACUUUCUGCACUCCAACCAAGUGAUCCACAGAGACAUCAAGAGUGACAACAUCCUGCUGGGCAUGGAUGGUUCGGUCAAGCUAACCGACUUCGGUUUCUGCGCCCAGAUCACCCCAGAGCAAAACAAGCGCAGCACCAUGGUGGGAACGCCUUACUGGAUGGCUCCAGAGGUGGUGACACGCAAAGCCUAUGGACCCAAGGUGGACAUCUGGUCGCUGGGCAUCAUGGCAAUAGAGAUGGUGGAGGGAGAACCUCCCUAUCUGAACGAGAACCCUCUCAGGGCCCUCUACCUGAUCGCUACCAACGGGACGCCGGAGCUGCAGAACCCUGAGCGUUUGACCUCUGUGUUUAGAGACUUCCUCAACCGCUGCCUGGAGAUGGACGUGGACCGGAGAGGUUCAGCCAAGGAGCUCCUUCAGCAUUCAUUCCUGAAGUUAGCCAAGCCUCUGUCCAGCCUGAGCCCCCUGAUUGUAGCAGCCAAGGAAGCCAUAAAGAACAGCAGCCGCUAGGGUGCGCCGUGUGUCCACACAGAACUGGACCCUGCUCCAAGGGGCUGUGUGACAGGCUGACUGACAGACAGGAGGGCACCAGGACAGACGGAGACCCCACCCCGCCCCCCUUACACACAGAGGAUGGCCAGCUGGUCUGCAGGGCCCCUCAGCGGUCAGAUGGUGCUGCUCAACCGCCUGCCUGCCUCCCCUUAAAUCUUCUGUACCUGUGGAGCAGUCAGUCAGAACUGUGUAUGUGUGUGUGUGUGUGUGUGUGUGUGCGCGUGUGUGCACGCACGUGUUAGUGUGUGUCCUGUGAAGGGAGAUGCUCCCGGACAAACAAAAAAAGAGAAAACACAAAAAAACGUGUGCUCCUUUUGAAGAGGGAGUGAUCCAGGAAGAGUACUAUCACUGAGAGCUUGUGAUUCCUUCCCUGUCUAUCCAAUCACCGAACACCUUCCCUUUCCUCUUGAUCACUCCACAAGGCACCAUCAGAACUCUCCUGCAGCGAACAUUAUAACGAGAGACAAACUCUGGGACUCGGACCCAACAAAUGCCUGCAUGAUUUUGGCUCUGUGUAACCAUCUUCCAACCUGCUCAUCCUCUGCAGAUAGUUGCGUGUGCCUGUAGGUGUGUUUGGGUGAGUGCACGUGUGCGUUCAUGGCUGUGUGUGUGUGUGUGUGCAUGCGACAGAGAGUAAAGGGAUAGAGGGCGAGACAAAGCCAUUUGGCAUCCAUCAAAGCUAUUUGGCUGUUGUACUUCUGGACAUAGCUGUCAUUUCUUUUGAACCCUUAACAUUCUAACUGUUCAGAGAUCUGACAGAGAAUUGCAGUGACAGUGGUUCAAUCACUACUGCCUGUAACAUAGGCCACAGUGUUCAGGUCAAACAAGUUCCCAUUUUUUUAUUUACGAUAAGAAAUCUUUUUAUGGGCUAAAUGCCUUUUAGUUAGUUAAAAUCGAAUUAGUAAAUUAUUUAUUUUGUAAUUGUUCAGCCAGAGUUGAUUUGCAAUCAAAUUUUCUGACCCAGUGUCAGUUAGAAAUUUUAGAGUCUAUUGCAGGACGUUAAACAGAAUUGCUGUGUCUAUUUAUGUGGGGAUAGUCUGACCACAAAAAUGGCAUGAGAAUCAUUUCUGUGGUCAUUGUCUGCCAGUGUUACCAUUUGUUUCACAUCGUUGAGCCUUACUUUUGCAUGAACUCUGAUCUGUGAAUUCACUUAGAUGUUUCUGAUUCCGUGCUUAGUGUGAAAAGCCAUUUGGUUUAAAUUAGCAGAAUGAGCACGUGUUCAUCAGUCAAUCUUAUCUGUCUAUUCAUCUGUCCAUGAAGUGUAUAUAUUUUUUACGGGAUGCUAUUGUUUAGCUUCCCUCAUCUUAUCUCAGCACAAGUUAAUACUGCUCCAGUGUCUUGUUGUUUCUUAUGUACUGUGUCAGUUUGCUUGUAUCUGUAAAUGCUUCUGUGAGUUUUGGCUGUAUGACAGCAGGUUGGUGGCUGUUAGUCAAUCAUUUGCCCAUGAAAAGGUUUUGGGGUUUUUGAGUGCCAUUUUAUGAUUGUAACCUCUCUCAUGAACAACUGAAAACAGGAGGAUCACAUUCCCCUUCCGUCUUUCAUUCCUAUUGUCCCAUAGCAGAGGCUUCUGGACACCUCUGAAAAGCCCUACCUGUAAAUAAGUAUAGACUGGUCCCUUUACUCUAUAGCUUGGUAAUAGCCAUCCAUGUGUCAUCCUUAACUACAGCAUCCCUUAGAACUGUAUUAAAGUCCAGAUCCGAAACAGAGGGAAUAGAAGACAGGAUAGACACUAGUCCACAUGAAGGAGAAGGUCUUAACUGUAGUAGACACUACGUUAUGCUAUCAGUCCUUGGGGCUCUCAGAGGGAAUCGCUGACUGCUGGUUCCAUGGGCUACACAUGUUAUAAGCUCAAACUACGUCCCUGCUGGGUGGUGCGUGGUUGUGCGCGUGAGUGUGUGUUUGUCAGUGUAUGAGCAUGUGUGUGUUUGUAAGUGAGAGAGCUACCUCACACCUGUUCUCCACCUUAACUCCGACCGCAGGCUGGCGGCUCACUUCUACGUCCACUGUAGGACGCGUGGCGUAGCGCAGGGCAGCCUGACACUGUCCACUGUGGGGAUGACGUGACCGCUUGCAUGCAUGGGAAUACAACACGUGUCCAUUCAUUUUCCGAGUAGGCUACGAUUUCUAGGAUAUGUGUGUAUGUAUGUAAAUAUCCUUUUUUUUUCUCCUCAGAAUUAUGUAACUUAAAAAUGAAAUGACAAUAUUCAGGUUGCUCUAUGGUAGGCCUAUGUAUUUGUAAAUGUUUUGCACCCUGGAAAUUGAAGAUAAUAACCAUUGUCUGUCAGACGGUACUCCACCUGCACACAGAGCCAUUAGAAGCAGCUGCUUGUCUGUCCACAGCAGGCCCAUGGAGCCUGUCUGACUGACUGACUGUCUGUCCAUAGCAGGCCCAUGGAGCCUGUCUGACUGACUGACUGUCUGUCCAUAG